CCACCCCCAAUGAGCAAACCAUAGCCUGUUAGCACUAUGCAUUAGAAUAUGUGUAAACAAGUAGGCCAGUUUAAAAAUGGCAGCGUUUUCUCUGAAUAUCGAGAAACACGUGGAGCCUGGUCUUGUCACUUGCGGCAAGUUUGACGGUUCCCAUGCAUGUUUAGCGGUGGCUACUUUUGGCGGGAACAUUUUGGUGCACAGUCCUCACAGGCAGCCGCAAAUAACCGGUCAUGAUCAUGAGCAAACUGAUAGGAAAUUAUCUUGGAGUGGAGAGCUGGCUGAACUUCAAAUUGGUACCAAGAUUACAGCACUUUGUACUGGUCGACUUGGUGAAGAUGAAAGGGAUAUCCUCUUAAUUGGGACCGUUACUCAUGUUCUUGCUUAUCACAUUGAAGACAACUCUGACAUCUUCUAUAAAGAGAUGUCUGAUGGGGCAAAAUGCAUACUCAUUGGAAAAUUAAGCUGGUUAUCGAAUCAGGUUGCAAUAGUGGGUGGAAAUUGUUCAGUGACCAUCUUGGACUCGCAGGGUGCAGAGAUAUUCUGGACAGUUGUAGGAGGUGUGGUCAGUUCUCUGGCAGUCUUUGACUUCAACGGGGACAACGAGAAUGAGCUGGUCACUGGCACGGAAGACUUUGAAAUAAAAGUGCACAAACAGAGUAGUGUACUAUGGGAGGUCAAGGAAACAGCCCCUAUUACCAGCUUAACAGCUCUCCCUAAUCGACGAUUCGUUUAUUCCGUUGGAAAUGGAACUCUGGGCGUCUACGAAAUGUCCCAGAGGCUCUGGCGUGUUAAGUCGAAGCACAGGGUGGUGGUUACGCGUAGCUUCGACGUUAAUGGGGACGGCACUCCGGAAGUCAUAACCGGCUGGAAUAAUGGAAAAGUGGACGCUAGGUCGUCCGACAGUGGAGAAGUAAUUUUUAAAAUCCAAUUAUCAGCUGGGGUCGCUGGAAUCGUGGAGGCCGAUUACAGGAGGCUAGGCAAGCCUGACUUGGUGGUAGUAUCUACAACUGGAGAAGUUAGAGGCUACAGUUCCAGUUCUACGAUGGACACCCCAGAACCUGGUGAAGCUAUGCGAGAACUGUUAGCCAGGAAACAGGUGUUGCAGAUGGAACUCAGGCAAAGGGCCUCAUCUGUUCCCAACAUGUACCAUGGGACCAAAUUGGCUGUCAGUUUAAUGACGUCUAGGGGUGCUGCACGUGUGUCUCUUGCCUCUGGACCUGGACUCUUGAUUCAUUGUGCCAUAGUAUUUACUGAGGGAGUGUUCGAAGGUGAAACCCUGGUUGUCCAUCCCAGCAAACCAAGAGGAGAGCUGGAAAUAGAACUCCAUCCAGCGAAGAACACUCCUGUGGACAUGCAUGUGAAGGUCUGCGUAGGUCCAGCUGGAGCAGAUUUGCUGCAGGUGUUUGAGAUGACCCGUCAGCUGCCUAGGUUCUGUAUGUACGAAGUCAUAGAGCAUCCUGAGCAAAUUGCUGAUGACUUUAAAGAGAAUGUAGUCACAGCUGAGCUUGCAGAGAGACCUCAGAGGAUCGCUCUAUGGUUGAACCAAUGCCUCAUCCUACCGGAAGAGUUUGAAAUAAAAGAAGACGGUAUGAACAAUGGAGGCAUUGAACUGUGGCUUCGUGGGAUGAGGGACGACACGGUCCAUUGUUUUCUAGCAAACUCCACUGGUAAAGUGACCAUUCAUACAGAGGAUUCUGCGUUUGCUGGCGACAUUAUUCAAUCGCUAGCCAUGUAUUUGGGUCUCAGAGAGCUUUCCUCCGAGGUCACGUUUCCGGCUGAAGAGAAGAAGCUUCUGAACGCGUUGGAACGUGUCAGAGAACUGAAGGAGAUCGAUGCCAAACUGCAAGCAGAGGCAGCGAGCGAGACUACGUUGCUGAAGAAUAUUAUAAUUCGAUUGGAAGAUGCAAGAAUUCUUGAGAACGUCGAAGAAAUGAGAAGAAGAUUAGUGCAACUGAAGAAUGUUAAUGCGGAUUUGAUAAGAGAGCACGAAAUCAGGAUGAAGAGUUAUCGAGAGCUCACAAUGAACUUGAAGGAGUUGAACCUUGGAGUACAACGUGCAGCUAGAUUAAGAGUUGGAAAAAGUGCCUCGAGCACGGUGGCUCGUUGCAGGGCGGCUAUUCAAGAUGAAAAUCCAAAGGCACUUACAUUGGCAAUAAGACACGGUUGAAUUAUACAACAACUGCGCUCUUUUUAUUGUUAAUAUUUCACGUUAAUAAAUAUUGUUUUAUAACAAA